GUCUGCCCCUUUCCUCCAUGCCCUUAAGUCAGUCAAGGGGUGAGAGUCUAAGUGGUGAGGAGUGGAACUGUCACCGAGUUGUACACCUAUCACCAUGGUUGACACGCGCAGUGGUAAGAGCACCAUCCCAUAUACAAAAGAGCAAGAAGAGAGUGUCGCCGCCAUACUGAAAGAAAGAAAGGAGAAGGAGGCCAAGAAGAAGGCCCUGUUAGAAGCACAGGUGGCGAAGAAGAAGAAGCUUGAGGGAGAGAUGGAGAGAGUGAAGAGAGAAGAGGAGCAGCAACUUAAAGAAGUAGAAGAAGAAGAAGAGGAAGAAGAGGAGAUACCCCUAUUGAAGAUUGGGAGGAGAGAAGAAAGAGGGGAGUCCAGUGGGACCAGUGAAGACCAAAAGAAACUAGAAAAGAUGAGGAGGAGGCGCAUAGCGGCGGCCACUGAGUUGGAGAAAGAAUUAGUUGCCGCAGCAGAACAGCAUACAAAGGACGUGCAGAGUAAGUUGAAUGCAAUCGCAAAGAGCAUAGAUGUGUUGAUUCGCGUCCAACAGGAACAGAUGCAUGCCUCCAGGGGCCAUGACAGAGCCCUGCAGUCCAUCCGAGUAGGUUUUAGAGAUUUUGCCCACGAUAUGAUGAUGCGGAUGGGCUCUGAGAUGCAGGCCCGCAUAAAGAACACAGAACAGUUCUAUGUUGGCGCCAUAGAGGGCGUUAAGAUAGCAGCCCCAAAGGAGGAAGAGGCAUGCCCGCGUAGGGAACGAGUCAAAGUUAAGUUUCCUGACGCCUAUAGCGGGAAGCAAAUGGAAGAUUUCGAUAAUUGGGAGGCUACAUUAACUCCUACGUGCACCUCCAAAAUACACCUCCAAAAUAUUAUUCCUGAGGAGCAAGUCCUCGUGGCAUUCCAUGCCCUUAGAGACGAAGCAUCUAGCUUCGCCAAGUCAUUAGCCGGUGCCACCAAGUGCGACAACGAUAUGGUGGCGUAUUCCACCAUCGCUCCCCUCAGUGAAUUCCUGAAGUUACUUCGCGAAUGUUUCGCGGAUGUAACUAAAGGAAUUAAAGCAUUUGACAAGCUCCAGACAAUCCACACACGACAAUGGAGGAGUGCAAGGGCACUCAAAGGGGCCAUGGACGAGCUUGUCGCAGUCCCUAACCAUGGGGUCACCGAGCCACAGUUGGUUCAAUUAUUUUAUCGUGCGAUGCCCGAGAGUUUGCACGGGCAUUUCUAUGACAAGUCGCGAGACGUUGUUGCAUAUGAGGCCAGUCCACGCCAGUGAAGGCUUUUUUGGCAUAGAGAUUUUGAGAAGGGUAAGAAGUGGAAGGGCCAUACCAUUUUAGGGCAGGUUAAGGGGAAGGAUGGCCUGAUCCUGACUUUGGAUGAGGGAGGAAUGGAGGAGGUCCCGUAUAGUGAGAUAGAGUGGGGCCUCAAAGAGGAAGACAGGAGUGUAGGUCAGGGGAGGUCCUAUGCUGCUGUCGCGGCUGGAGGGAGGCCGCAAGUAAGAGGAGGCCGGUGUCGACCGGUAGAAGGAGUCUGCCGGCCAGCAGAUCUAACCCUAUGUCCGCCCCGCGUCUCUCACCCGCGGGAGGGCUAGUUCCGGGCUCCUGCAACCUGCAAAACGACCAGGUGAGUACGCACAACCAAGGUACCAGGGCAAGCAUAACAAAAUGCUUGCAAUAAU